UGAUUAUCAUUUUCAUUCAGUUUUUGAAGUUUUUAUCAAAUGUGACAUUGAGUUCUGCUUGGUUGAACGUUUUGGCAGUUAUAAUUCUCCUACCAUUAAGUUCAAUUUUAAGCUUGUGAUGAAGAAAAUUGAGGAUCCAACAUCCCGUCAACAGUUCUAUUCAAAGCGCAAGGAUACCAUCCUUAAGAAGUCCAAUGAGUUGGCUGUUUUAUGUGAUGUGGAUGUUGGUCUUCUAAUGUUUUCUCCAGCCGGCGAAGUGACUAGCUAUUCUAGCAAAGAACGUCUUGAGGAUGUCAUGCUCCUUGCUAUGAACAAGGCUGGUGAACUGAACAAGCUAUCUCCUGAAAAUCCAAAUGAACAGGCUUUGAUGGACUCUCUCACACAAUCAAAACAUGAAGCCGAAAUGGUGGAGAAGAUAGCGAUUGUUGAGGCUCAUGAGGAGAAGCUUAAUGGGGUCAAAGAAAGACUAAGUGAAGCACAACAGAAAAUAAGGUAUUACGAACCACAAGUGGAGAGUAUCAACUCUGUCCAAGAAGCUGAUGCAUAUGAGAAGUUCAUUUUGAGUGCUCUGGAACUGAUUCAACUAUCAAAGGCAAAACUCUUGGGUGACCAGGAAUUUCUCCAGAGAAAUGAAAAUGUUGCGGUGUCUUCUGUCAACGCAGAGGCUAUGGCUGCUGAAGGAACCAGUGGGGGAUGGAUGUAUUGAGGAAACAGGCCGGAUCACGGCGGGGAAGUAGCUGAGGAUGUCCAACAGCUAUAGCAGGAAUAAUAGUUAUACUAGUUUAUAGGUUAAGAACUUAGUAGAAUAAAUAACUUGCCCCUAUCAGGCAAGCAAAAGUAUGAAUAAUGUUGCAUUUGUCUAUUGUGAAUGCAACUAUUUGAAUAUGGCAUCUGAAUAUGGCAUCAAAACAUAGCUAUUGUGUUUUGAAAUAGAAAACAAUUUGGUUUGGGUUGAUUUGGUUUCGA